CCAGCUUCCCUCGUGAAAAUUGAUGAGGGAGUUUCUAGCUAGAUGUGUUGGUUUGGUGUUCUCCUAUUACAGUUUAGCAUUUUCCACCUUCCUCUCACAGGUUGAACGGACUGUAUAUAGCAUCCUUGGUACGGAAAUGGUGCGAGGUCUCCGUAGCUUAGAUCGACGUACGCCAUGUAAGACGAGUCCUCUGGUUGAAGCGCGAGUUUUGAUUGCAAGCGGUGAAUGGUGAAUUAAGUUAACUGCAGAGGAGAAGUAGCUGAAAGGCCAAAUGUUUCUUUGCCCUCCAAGAUACAUGUAUUUCCCAUCAGUGCGAUCCAAGGGGAUGGCAACCGAUCAAGUGCAGUCAGAGCCGAGUGCUUCCCUUGAAGCAAUACCAGCUAAAAGGCCCAGACAAGAGAAUGGUGACAAUGAAAAAGACAGUGAUGAGUCCAGCAAUAAUGGAUCACCCUCGCAACAGCCUGUCAAUGGUUCAUCAAGAGACGGAAAGGCAGUUAAUGCCAAUCAAAAUGCUGACAAGAAUGAGUCGUCUUGGGAUGUCAAUGAAGCCACAAUUACUGUAACUACUGCUGAUCUUGAUGUUGGAGCUCCUAAUGUUGUUGCACCAGUUUCAACGGCAACACUCAGCUACCCCUCAUCUGAUGGUGCUUCCACCAUGACAAAUUUAGAUGGAUGCAACUUUGGGAAUCAGGCCAUUGCAUCUGGCGUAACUGACAGCUCUGGCCAGUAUCAACAGCUCUCUGGGCAGUACGCCGCAAAUACUGCUGCCUACUAUGGCCAGCGGCCUUAUCCUCACAUUGUCCCAGCACCCCAGCAGGGUAUUCAGCAGUAUAAGACAACGGGGGGUGUAAUACAAGGAACGGGAAUAACGCAAGUUGCUGGGUAUGUGUAUCCACAGGCAGCACCUCAAGGUGGCUACCCCAUGGUACAGACUGUAAGAUACCCUGCUGUGAAUGCAACAGGAAAGACUUCUGUUGAUUCUCGCAAUACCUCUCAAGGGAAAGCCCCUGGGGGCAACAUCCCAGAUAUAUCAACUCUUCGUCAACCAGCAGGAACUUAUGCUAAUCCUUAUGGAACUGUUACAUACCCUGCAAUCAUUCAACCUGGUCAGGCUGUGUAUACUAAUCAAUAUCAAGCACCUUAUGGGACAGCUUAUGUAGCUUCAACAGGAACCCCAACUUCUAGUACCACAGCAUAUACUGUCCAACAGUCUGACCAAGGUUCUUUUCAAUAUGGUUACACUACAAGUAAUCAGCAAACUUAUCCAUACAACUACUUGAAUGCUCCUCCCCCAGCUUAUGCUCCGUCACAAUACAUUACACCAAUGAAUAGUACACCGCCGCCUAAUGCUGUCGCUGGUCAAAGCAGCGGUUAUCAACUUACUCAGCUUGUUGCUGGACAGGCUUCUCAAGGUGUCACAACCAAUGGAGAAAGGACGCACACUACAAGUACAGGAAAUGCAACCAUUCAGUAUUCACCAAAUCUUCCAUCCUCACCCAGUCCUCCUCGCUCACCAGGAACUGGAUCUGGAGCAGACACUCCUCUUAUUAAUAGUGUGGGUAUGGUGUCGGCAAGCAUAGGGAUGCCUGGUGGACAGGAUGGAGUACAGGUCCUUGUGGAUUCAGGGGCUGGCUCCCCUGGAAUGUUAGUCCAGGGAGCAAACAGAGGGCGUGGUCGAGGGGGAAGAGGUGGAAGGGGCAGAGGAGGUGGCAGGGGAAGGAGAUCAACAUCAGGUCCUCCCCCAGAGAUUGACCAUAACAUUGAGCGGAUCUUUAUCUGGGAUCUUGAUGAAACAAUUAUUAUUUUCCAUUCACUCUUAACGGGAGCCUUUGCAUCAAAGUUUGGCAAGGAUGCUCCUAAUUCAGUGUCAUUAGGCCUUCGAAUGGAAGAAAUGAUUUUCAACUUGGCUGAUACACACUUAUUUUUUAAUGACUUAGAGGAUUGUGAUCAAGUACAUAUUGACGAUGUUGCAGCUGAUGACAAUGGACUAGAUUUAAGAACAUCUUUGCCUGUGUGCAGUACCUACAAUUUUGAGGGAGAUGGAUUUCAUGCUGCAGCCACGUCAGCCAAUCUUUGUCUGGCAACUGGUGUUCGAGGUGGGGUAGACUGGAUGAGGAAGCUGGCAUACAGGUACCGGCGUAUCAAGGAGAUAUACAACAGCUACAGGAAUAACGUGGGAGGUCUUCUUGGUCCAGCGAAAAGAGAAACAUGGCUUCAGCUGCGCAUGGAGUUAGAGGCGACAACAGAUUCAUGGCUGACACUUGCUCUGAAAGCAUUAACACUCAUCCAUUCCAGGUCAAAUUGUUUAAAUGUCAUGGUUACUACCACACAACUUGUUCCUGCUCUUGCCAAGUGUCUUCUCUAUGGACUGGGUGGUAUUUUUCCUCUUGAAAAUAUUUAUAGCGCGACUAAAGUUGGAAAAGAAACCUGCUUUGAAAGAAUCUCAAAUCGAUUUGGAAAGAAGUGUACAUAUGUAGUUGUAGGAGAUGGGAGAGAUGAAGAAAUGGCCAGCAAACAGAUGGGAUUCCCUUUCUGGCGAAUCGGUACUCACACAGACUUAAUCAACCUUCAUCACGCGCUAGACCUGGGACAUCUCUAGUCGAUGGACUGACUCUCUGCUGCUUUGUUCUGGCACUCAUUGGAGUUUCUUUAUUUCUUUGUAAACAAAUGAAGAGAAAUUGAAUACAUACAUGAGUCGUGUAACGUUAAAAUAUGUAUCAUUUGGAAUGGUGGCAAAGGGAAGGGUGAUCUUUCCUAUUUUAAACGCUCAUUUUAUGCUGCAAGCACAUACCAUGUUUGAAUUUUUUCACAGUUUGGAUUAGUGUUCCCUCGUAAAGAAUUUCACCGCCCAGUCACUCACUAAAAAAUCUAUCACUAAAAGAUCUAUCUUGUAAGACGGUUUCUUGCCCUCUUGAUCACUUUCUUGCAUAGCAUUACAAAGAGAGAUCAACGUCAGUAUCUGAUCAACUGCGCACCCACCCCUUCCCUAACCCAAUAACAGUUCACUGAUAGCAAGUUAAGGGAAGGGUAGGUGGGCAGUUCCUAAGAUACUUCCAUUGAUCCACAACGAGUAUCGCAUGAGAGUAAUUCUCACUGACUAUCGACUUCCUAUGCAUACAUAAGUGUUUUAUCCUUGGACUUCUAUACAUGGAAGCUACAUUGUACAGUAUAAUAGUGGUUAUCGCUUUUCAUUUAUAUGGUCCCAAACUUUCUUGUACAUUUCCUUUAAAUAGUAGGGACUGCUACAAGAAGUAAUUUCGAAGCUUCUAUAAUUAAAAUACUUCUGCCUUGGGAAUUAUUCCUAGGAGCUACAUUUCUCCACCGGAAGCGUAGUGAAAGUGGCAGAUAUUGUUAUUUUACUCACUCUCCUUGCGUCUGUUGCCAUGUGGGAUUUUCGGAAGUGUUUGUAUAACCAAAAAAUAUAGUUAACUAGAAAUCUGUACAGCUUUUUUUUAAACGCAAAUAAUAGCGAAGUACCCUGCGGUUUGUUAUGUUUAGUUAUUUGGUAAUGUAGUUUGAAAAGCACAAGCGAGAUUUUUUGGUAUCGUGAUCCAGAAACUGAU